AUGAGUCUUAAAGCCAUUAAAUAUGAGAAUAACUCGCUGGAAAUCCUGGACCAGUUGCUACUUCCAGCACAGUCAAAGUAUAUACAGGUUAAGGGGGUGGAGGACGGCUGGAGGGUCAUUAAUAAAAUGCAGGUGAGAGGGGCCCCUGCCAUUGCCAUAGUGGGGUGCUUGAGCCUCGCGGUGGAGCUCCAGAGGGAGAAUUUCGAGACUAAAAGACAACUCCGGCAAGAUAUCGAAGGCAAAUUGAAUUUUUUGGUCUCCUCACGCCCCACUGCCGUUAAUAUGAAAAUAGCAGCUGAGGAACUAAUCGCCCUUAGUAAUAAACUCUCCGAGGAUGAGUCAAUAGAACUAGAGACCAUGAAAUCAAGGUUUCUGCAAACGAUUGAAGCAAUGUUAGAGAAGGACAUCCACGAUAAUAAAUCGAUUGGUGAUUUUGGGGCCCGUGAGAUACUAUCAGGCGUUUCGGGGGAUUCCCUGGUUCGUAUAUUAACCCAUUGUAACACCGGAUCCUUAGCCACUGCCGGUUAUGGGACUGCGUUAGGAGUUAUAAGAAAAUUGCACGAAUUGAAGCGUCUGGAGCACUGUUACUGCACCGAGACGCGCCCCUAUAAUCAGGGGGCGCGCUUAACCGCCUACGAACUCGUACAUGAUAAAAUUCCCGCCACUUUAAUAGUGGACAGUAUGGUGGCUGCCCUGAUGAAGCAUCGGAAUGUUUCGGCUGUGGUCGUGGGAGCCGAUCGGGUGGCGUCGAAUGGCGACACUGCCAACAAAAUCGGGACUUACCAGAUCGCCGUUUUGGCCAAAUUCCACGGAGUUCCGUUUUAUGUAGCGGCCCCUUUUACGUCAAUUGAUAUGAAAAUCGUCAGUGGCGACCAUAUUGUCAUCGAGGAGCGGCCGGAUCACGAAAUGACGCACGUGGGGGAGCACAGGAUUGCAGCCAAAGGAAUAACGUGUUGGAAUCCUGCUUUUGAUGUGACUCCAGCCUCACUUAUUGCCGGGAUUAUCACCGAAAAAGGGGUCUUCCGUCCGCAUGAACUUGUUAAACAGUUUGGGCAAGACACUUGAUGCAACAAUCAAGUGCUUUUUUGUUACAAGUGAUAUGUUGGUAGUAAUGAUUAAAGUGAUAUUUUUAUAUUAUUUCGUGGAAUUAUUGUAGGCAUUUGUGCCAAGCCAAAUUUUUUAAAUAAAAAUUCUAUACUG